CCAAUUUUUAUCAAAUUGCACAUGUGCGUCACACAAAUGUCAAAAAUGUUUAAUAACAAUGUCCGAUAAAAUUCUAACGUCGGAGUUUUGUGCAAUCGCCAGAUAACGCGAACAAUCAGAAACGAUGUGGCCCCUCUGUUUAGUGUUCCUGUUAAUAAAUCCCCGCUUCGUAUAUAACCAAAUUUUUUGGUAUCAACCCGAGCAAGUACACCUGGCUUACGGUGAUACCGUGAACGAAAUAGUGGUGACAUGGUCCACAUUCAACGACACGACAGAAUCAGUGGUGGAGUAUGGAAUUGGAGGCUUUAUCUUGACAGCGAAAGGCUCUUCGAAGCUCUUUGUGGAUGGGGGUGAUGCAAAACACUCUCAGUACAUACACACGGUGCGCUUAGGGAAUCUCACGUAUAAUUCACGCUAUGUGUAUCAUUGUGGCAGCAGCCAAGGUUGGUCGGACGAAUUCUGGUUCCAGACUCCCCCUGAGGCGAACUGGCAGCCCCAUUUAGCCAUUUUUGGCGACAUGGGCAACGAGAAUGCCCAAUCAUUAGCCCGGUUGCAACAAGAGGCACAAAGGGGGAUCUAUGACGCUAUUUUACAUGUGGGAGAUUUUGCCUAUGAUAUGGACUCGGAGAACGCAGAGGUGGGUGACGCAUUUAUGCGCCAGAUACAGUCAGUAGCUGCGUAUUUACCAUAUAUGACGUGUGCAGGCAACCACGAAGAAAAAUAUAACUUCAGCAACUAUAAAGAGCGCUUCAGCAUGCCAGGGGGCUCCGGCUCAUACAUGUACAGUAUAAACAUAGGCCCUAUGCAUGUUAUCUCAAUCUCCACUGAAGUCUACUAUUUUCUCAACUACGGUAUUAAACCCCUAAUUUUUCAGUAUGAGUGGUUAGAAAACGAUUUAGCAAAAGCCAACUUGCCAGAAAACCGCGAAAAACAACCAUGGAUUGUCGUGAUGGGUCACCGCCCUAUGUAUUGCAGUAACUCUAAUACCGACGAUUGUACUCACCAUGAAACCCUCACACGAGUGGGUUUGCCGUUUUUACACUUCUUUGGAUUAGAAAAAUUACUCUAUGACUAUGGUGUUGAUUUAGAGAUAUGGGCACAUGAGCAUUCUUAUGAGCGUUUGUGGCCUAUUUAUGACUACCAGGUGUAUAACGGGUCAUAUGAGGAUCCAUAUGUAAAUCCUGGAGCGCCGGUGCACGUGGUCACUGGGUCAGCUGGGUGUAAAGAAGGGAGGGAGGAUUUUAACGCGACACGACCGACAUGGUCAGCUUUAAUUAGUAGAGAUUACGGGUACACGAGAUUAAAGGCGUACAAUGCUAGUCAUUUGUAUUUGGAACAAGUGUCAGACGAUAAGCAGGGGGCUGUGAUUGAUUCGUUUUGGAUUAUUAAAGACAAGCAUGAACCUUACAAGUUCGCGAGGAUGGACUGGGCGAAAGUUGAUAGUUUGAGAUUAAAAAAUCUGGAGGUAUAACGAUAUUCUUGUUGUUUAUGUAGUUUGCAUGUUUCGUUAAAUUACAUGUAGUUUGAAAUACUUAUCUUUUAAACCAAAAAUGUAUUUAGUUAAUGAAGUGAUAUUAGUGUAAAUGCUGACAAUACAUGAUUUGUUUAGCGAAAAUUGGAUUGUAUUUAGUUGAAAUAUUAAAAUUUUAUCAUAGUUUUA